CUUCUUCUCUUCUCUUCUCUCCUUGACAUUCAACUGCAUCUUGAGUUUUCACUCUUUCCAUUCCUUUCGUACGAUUGUCCCCGCAACUCUGACACUACUCUCCAUCUGACGAACUCCUAUACAAAACCCCCCUCCGUCACAUGAAAAUCGCUCCCCCGGCGCAUCUCGUGCAAUACCUCGAUUACCACGCAUUCCUCGACGCCCCCUUUGCUCAAAAGCCGUCUUCUCUCUCCAACAAACCCUUCAUCGCACCCGCCAUUGACAUAUCCCUCCUCCGACCCCUCCGACUCCCCUUCCCCGGAAGCGCUCGCUCCCCCUCCUCCUCCACAACCCCCACAGCCUCCUUCGCCAGACAGGGCGCCUCGUCCUCCGCCGCGGCCGCAGCAGCAGCAGCAGCGGCCGCCGCCCAGCAAGAGAAAGACAAACCGCGACUGACGGAGCAAGAGAAGAAAAACAACCACAUCGCAUCGGAACAGAAGCGUCGCGCCGCCAUCCGCGAGGGCUUCGACCGUCUGACGGAGCUGGUGCCGGGCCUUGAAGGCCAGGGCCGCAGUGAGAGCAUCGUGCUCAAGAAGACGGUCGAUUUCAUGCAGAUGCAGAUGCAGGAGCGGCAGGACUUGAUUGCGGAGAUUGAGGGCCGUGGGGGGAGAGUUGAGGAUGGGUUUCGCUUGUCAUGA